AUGGCAGACCCGUUCUCAAUUGUCACGGGAGCUUUGGGGACAAUAGACGCCUGCAUUAACCUGGCGCGGUAUCUUAACGAUGUGGUGCGGGGUUUCAAGAGUAUCGAAGAUGAUAUCCAGCACUUAUUGCACAGGGUGACGACAAUCCAAAAAGUGGCGGGCACGAUAAAGGCAACAUUCGAAGCAGAGUGGGACUCGCAACCAAGGCCUGCGGACAAAGACCAGACGACGAUAAAUGGUCUGUGGCAAUACACUGGGGAGUAUCUUAGCGAUUGCCUAUCAAUCGUUUCGGAGCUCAACAACUUGAUUUGCCGGCUGUUGGGACGGCCCGAUGGAAGCACAGAGAUCCGGCCUCAUGGUCUCGAAGAUCACCACAAAGAGCUUGAUAGUCCUACGAGCAGCCUUACGCAACAAACCUCAUUGAAAAUGGCCCGACUGAAGCUCUUCAUUCGUAAGAAGGGCAAAGAACGUGAAUUUCUGAAAAUUGAAACACGGCUCGACCAAGCCUUGAAAUCUGCGGACUUGAUGUUGAAUGCCAUCAAUCUUGCCACGACUUGUCAAGCGCAACGAAGAACAAGCUCGUCCAUUGGCGACUUUUCGAACGAAAUCGUCGCAGGUCUGGAUUACCUCGACCAACAAAUUCAACAAAUGCGGAAGGACUUUUGGGAUUCCCAAGCCAACACGGCAAGUCAAGAUUCUCAUCUCGACGUGCUGACCGUUGAGGCAGCGGAAAAUAUUAGGCCGCUAGCGACUUUGAAUGAACACUUUUCACUGCCCCGAGCCGUCACCAGCAUAUAUACCGGGCGGAGAGAGGCCCUGGAUGAUCUCCGAUCCUUUUUCUUUGGGGCCACCUCAGGUACAGGUCGAGGCUCGCAAAAGCGCUUUUGUAUAUAUGGUUUAGGUGGCUCCGGGAAAACGGAAUUCUGCUGCAAGUUCGCCCAAGAAAAUCAGAACAGGCUAUGGGCCGUGUUCUGGAUUGACGCGAGCUCGCCUGACCGAGUGAGACAAACCUAUUCCGCCAUCGCGAAGGAGGGAAAGAGAGACCCGAACGAACGCGCAGCUAAAGCUUGGCUCGCCUCCUCAGAGCGGCCAUGGCUGCUCAUAAUUGAUGGUGCGGACCAUGACGCAGACCUAGAGGAACUCGAAGAUUACAUUCCUGAAGGAGCUUCUGGGAUGAUUCUUGUUACAACCCGCAAUCCUGUGCAUCGCACAUUGGGUACAGUGGGAUGCCGGUACUUCCAGUUCAAGGAGCUAAUUGAAGAAGACGCCAAUUCACUCUUACUGACGACCGCGGAAGAACCAAGACCGUGGACCGUAACAACCCAGAAGCUUGCCUCUCCAAUUGCAAAGUCGCUGGGCUUUCUACCACUUCCACUACGGCAUGCCGGCUACGCAAUCAUGAAACAGCUUGCGACGCUUAGCAACUAUCUGACCUAUUACGAGGGCAGCUGGCAACGUGUGCGCAGAUCGCGGAAAUCCAUCGCGAUGGACGAGGACGAACACCUCAAAGCAUAUGCCUCCUAUGAGAUCAUGUACGCAGGCCUCGAGGCGAAGAAAACUGCGCAAUCACGUGAUGCCCUGGACUUGCUCAAGACGUUUGCCGGGUAA